CAGCUGUCAGGAACAAAGCUGCAAUGGGGUUUUACACAGCGCGGAAGGUUUCGCAACGCCUUUCAGYCUAACCCGCCACCACGCAGCCCUGCCAGUAAAAUGGCCCAGCAGAAUGUAAGCUGUCAUUACGAUGAGCGCAUGGCCUUCUUCUACAACAACAGCGGUCAGGAAGACAAAUGGGACCGAACCCAGCUCAUCCUGGUCCAGGUUGUGGGCUCUUUCUUCUGCUGCUUCAUCCUGGUCUCCAACUCCAUGGUCAUCGCUGCUGUCAUCACCAACAAGAGGUUUCACUUUCCUUUCUACUAUCUUCUGUCCAACCUCGCUGCCUCGGACUUCCUCGCGGGCAUAGCGUACGUGUACCUCAUGUUUAACACCGGCGAGGUGUCCCGAACGCUCACCGUCACGCAGUACUUCAUCCGCCAAGGACUUCUGGACGUCAGCCUGUCUGCCUCGCUGGCUAACCUGCUCGUUAUCGCUCUGGAGCGCUACAUUUCUGUUAUGAAUUGGAAAGUUCAUAGCAACCUGACAAAGAGAAGGGUGACCCUGCUGAUCUCUCUGGUUUGGGGCAUCUCCUUCUUCAUGGGGGCGGUGCCCAGCCUGGGCUGGAACUGCAUCUGCAACCUCAAGGACUGCUCCAAGCUGGCCCCCAUCUUUAGCAGGAGCUACUUGGUCUUCUGGUCAGUGUCUAACCUGGUGGUUUUUCUCGUCAUGGUGGGGAUCUACCUGAGGAUUUACGCUUACGUGAGGAAGAAGAUUACGACGAUGUCGCGACACACCAACGGCUCAAUCAACCGCAAGAAGACUCCCAUCAAGCUCAUCAAGACAGUCAUGGUCGUGCUUGGGGCGUUUGUGAUCUGCUGGACUCCCGGUCUGGUGGUCCUGCUGAUGGACGGCCUCGAUUGCGACAGCUGCAACGUGAUGCAGUCGAAACGCUGGCUGCUGCUGCUGGCCGUCGCCAACUCCGUCAUGAACCCCUGCAUCUACUCCUACAAGGACGAGGAGAUGUGGACGACGUUCAAAAACCUCCUGCGCUGCAUCGGCAACGGCACCCGCCGGCAGCGCUCGUUGCAGGCCAACGCCAGGCCUCUGAACUCGGGUCCCGACACAGGCACUAGCCAGCCGUCCUCGGAGGAAAUCAAAACCGAUGGUCUCGAGAAACCCAGCACAUGAAACGGAUUUGUGAUGAAGAUCUUCUGUCUAGACUGGAGUGGGUGUUCUACAUGAUGAAUGAAGUGGACUCUGGUCCAGUUAGGAGCCAGAGUCAUUUUUCAGCAGAGAUAAGAGAUCCUCAUGUACCACUAAAUCCCUUAAAGGCUGUAAAGAUGCCCUGUUUUGUUGGACAUAUUCAGACAYGCAAUUCCCAUUUUUGUGUAAUGGAAGAUUCCAGUUUCACCCUGCUGUUAUGACUUUAUCAUCAGGAUCCCCUGGGUGGUUUAAGUCUGGAUAUUGCGCUCUAAAGGCUGAUAAAAUAWGUGUUUAUUACCGCUUUUUACCCCUGGAAGGGUAGAAAUCAUAGUGGGACUAUAUUCAAGUUGCUAAAAUGAUCUAAUUUGAUGCCUGUGAUGCUUUUGAGACAUAAGCACGUCGGAGGAACUAGCCAAGAAGUCGUCUUUUUUCUCUCUCUCUCUCUCCUGUUCAGGACAGUUUGAAGAUGAUAGCUAAUGUAAAAUACUGAAAUUUGCUGUACUGUAACACUACUUGAAGAUUUUGUAAGAAACUAUUUCGACCACAUGUUUUCCUUCACUGCUUCACUUUUGAUUUCAUUGGUUAGAUCAUCGCUUGACUCAGAAACUCAUGAUGGGAACAGAUGUAAUUCCUGUAGCAUUUUUCUGCUUCCGCGUCACGCUGCAAACAGCUUCUCACCUAAAUACAAAAGAGAUGAAGAGUGAUGUUGCAACACACUGGAUACGUGCUGGAAUCUUGCUUUACACAAUCCGUACAACUGAAGAGGACGUGAUGAUGAUGAUGAUGAUGACUACUCCCCUCCCACACAGAUACCCACACAGAACCCUGCAGGCAGACUCGGAAGCUAAAUUAUUACCAGACUUCAACUGACUUUUGUCACCUGUACAGUAUUUAUGCCCACCCUAUUGUAAAGGACUCGAUGUAAUCAAAGCUUUUUAUUGUUAUUAUUUUUUGUAAUACAGGAGUUUGACCCUGAUGAGACUGGUGAGAGGAAAGGUUUAAAGCUCCAAUAGUUUGUUUGUUAACCUGACAAUAUUCAGUCAUUUCUACAGAGGAGGGUUAGGACCACAGAGCAAAAAAAGUUCUGAGUUCUGACUUUWUUCUCAGAAUUCUGACUUAAAUCACAAAAUUCUAAAAAAAAAAAAGGGUAAGAAAUUUGACUUUAAUCUUAGAAUUCUAAGAAAAAAGUGAGAUUUCUGAGAUUAAAGUCAGACAUCAGGAAAGAAAUAUUUUUGCCCUGUGGCUCUUGUCUUCUGGGCACUCUGACUGUUGGAUAUUUUUUUCUAAGUCAACUAUUUACUAUUUUUUGUAAAUUUAUUCGACAAAUGUUUUUUUUUUCUACUGAUUAAAUGACAAGAUAAAGAAACUACAGCAUUCUSCUAUUUUUCUGUUUCUGUUCUAUAUUUCUAUUGAUUUCUGUACUUUAGUUACUUUGAAGUGCAGGUUCUAAAACUUAGAAUUUAAACUUAUUUCUAUCUUUUCUGUUAGAGGAGUUUUGUUUGUCAGUUCACCAUUUAGGCUGACUGAAUCUGCUAUUUACAGAGCAACAUGCCAUUAUGGUUUUAUUUAUUAUUGAGUUAGGCCAAAAAAAAAAAUGAGAAAUUUGUCAUUUUAACCUUAUUGGGAUUGACACUGACAUCUUAACAAAGCACUUUUUUUCUGCAAAUUUCUUUUGUUUUUACCUUCUCAUUGUAGUUUUUCACUAACUUAUUGCAUAGUUGGUAUGUUAUUGAGGUUUGUUAUUGGGCAAUUUGCAUGACUAUAUWAAUGUCUUAUUCUACUAAUUGUCUGAACAAAAGUAUAAAUUUCGUCUAUCUAAAUCCAUUAUGUAUAUUUAAAGAUACACAGCGCCUCUGUGUGUCAUUUUUAGCUUAAUGUCAUCUUUUUUUUUUUUUACAGAAGUGGACACUGUUGAUAUGCAGGUUCAUUCAGUCUUUGCUACUAUACGAACUCCAGAUAUGUUCGCUUUCCUCCAGUUACUUACCUGUUUUAUGACAUUCCUGUUCACACACACGAGACUCCACACAGCCUGUAGGAUGUGUUUACCUGUUAACAAUUAACAUCGUACAAUUACAAAACUUGUUAAAGCAUCAGUUCAAUGCUUAGAUUUGUUUGUUAAAAAACUUUGGAUGUCACACACCUCUUUUAUUAACCGAUAAUAAAGGUUGACUCAGUAACUAUA